GCGGCACUCGCAAAAGCGGCUGCCCCGCAGCACCUGCCACCGCGCGCACGCCGCCGACGCAGCCCCUACAGCACGCUCGGUCGCGCCAGACACGUAAACCCCAUGGCUUGCGUCGCCUCGCCCCUGGCGCCGGACUCGCCGUCCUGCCUCCACGACGAUGUAGCGGCCUUAUAUGGAGAGGCCCAGAAGCUGUAUGCGGACGCGCAGCAGGAUUUUAAUGGAGACGACGCGCCGGCGGCGUGGGACCUGCCCGAAGCGAUGCUGACGGGUGGUAUGCCGCAAGGGUUUGAGAACACGCGGCGCGACGUGGGCAGCCUGACGAUGAAGAUCGCCAACAAGAAGGCCGACAUCGAGGCGUUGCUGGAGCGGAUGGCCAAGCUCCAAUCGCGGUACAAGAACAUGACGGAAGGUAAGGAGGAGAUGAGCAAGACGGUCAAGAAGGCCGCGCGCAAGUCGCAGCGCGAGAAGCGCCGGCGCAAGAAGAAGCGCGACAAAGCGAAGAAGGCGAAGAAGAAGAUGGCGCACCCGCUCGACGGCAUCGACGAGUUCAGCACGACCGUCAAGAAGGAGGAGCCCGUCCCACAAGAGGAGGAGCCCGUCCCGUCAAAGCCCGGCGCCCACCCCUUGGACGACCACUUCGAGCUGGGGACGGAGGCCGAGGAGGCCGCGGCCGAGAAGGAGUGCGACAAGCAGGUCGAGCGGAUCCUCGAGUGGAUCCAGGCCUGCAAGGACCCGGGGAAGGACCCCUUCGGCGACCUCCAGUCGAAACUCAAGGCCGACUUCAUGGAGAUCGAGAAGGUGAUGCAUAGGAUGGAGGGCUCCUCGACCCAGGUGUUUGGGGAGGCGCCCGCCAAAGGGCCCCAGACGUGCAUGCUCGAGGCGCUGGAGGCGCGGGAGCGCGCGCUGGAGGACGCGCGCGACGAGUUGGAGGUCAUGGACGAGGAGACGGACGAGGCGGCCCACUUCUGGGGGCACCUGUACGCGUGCGAUUCCGACGACGACGAGGACGAGGUCGACGACGAGGCGUGCUCGCCGGAGGAGGCCCAGUUAUUAUUGUACCUGGGCCACUCGCUCCACGACUACCUCGGCGACGUCGAGGAGCACAAGCACGCGCUCAUGAAGGCGUCGGAACAGUUCGAGGGGGGGAUGUUUUGAGAGAAGAGAGGUUGGGUAAGACAGGAAUACAACAUU